GGAGGAGCUAUGUAUAUAUCAUGCGAGAGCGCCGGUAGUACAACUUCCAUGGAGCCGGAAACGGGAUACGUCCCGAACAAUCCCCUGUUUGGAGUGCCACUCGACAGCCCGCAGGAAUGUCCAUCUUCUUGUGGCGGGAGCGGCUGUUCUAACUGUCAGGAGAGCACAUCUUUACCAUUGCCAGGCCUGCCCGGAUCGGAUUUCGUCGAUUGCGGAAACUGUCUCGACCACAACGGUGCGCUCAGCUCACAGACAAACCUAGGCAAUUACUGGAGCGAAGAUAUGAGCACAUUUCCGGGACUGCCGCCAUUGGAUAUCGACCCGCUACCAAGUUUAUUUCCUUUCUCACCGUGCGGUGCAAGCUACAACAGGCCCGAACGACCAACGCACGACGUAGCGGACGUACUUCUUUCUCUAAAACAUGCCGUUUUAAAGCAGAGCCCGGAUCCGCAACCGAUGCAAGCUCCAUCGCCAAGUUUCGCUCCACCACAGGCGUCUCUUUCUUACACUGUACACCCGCCGAUGCUCUUGUCGCCCGUUAGUCACCACAAUCACAAUUCGCACUACAGUCAAGCUCAAUCUCAGAGUGGAUCAGCGUAUCCCUCGAACUAUUACGAAUCGUCCUGUGCACAACAUUCGACGCCAAUAUAUCCAAGCAUGAGCGUGAACGUAAGCAUGAACAUGACCAUGCAUGGCUACGGUGCUGAUGGAACAAUGCCAAUGCAGUGUCCACAGGUGCAAUGGGGUCAUCAAACGCCGUCGUCUUCGGUCAACGUACUCUAUCCACCACUGCUCAGUCCGGUGCCGUACCCGGCCGGUGCUACUUACUCGUUCACAGCGGACUUUAGGCCACAAAAUCAAACGCAGAAUCUAUCGCCAAUAUUGGAAUCCUCUAAAAGCUCCAGCCUCCAGUCACACCAACAAAAAUCGUACUAUCAGUCAGGCACAGACUAUUCUCCACCAAAGAGCCCCCAAGAAUUUGAGCAAACAGAUUUCCAGCUUAAAAUGAAAACUGAAAAAUCCCUAGGCUUGAACUUUGAAGAAGAUGACGGUAGUGGCAGUGAUGGCCAAGCUGGAGACAACAAACCCAAUCUCUGUCGGUUAUGUGGGAAAACAUACGCCCGGCCUAGUACGCUUAAAACGCACCUUCGAACGCACUCCGGCGAACGGCCGUAUCGAUGUUCGGACUGCAGCAAAAGCUUUAGUCAGGCUGCAAAUUUGGCCGCCCACAUUCGAACACACACGGGUCAGAAACCGUUCCGAUGUCCUAUCUGCGAUAGGCGAUUUUCGCAGAGCUCUAGUGUGACGACUCACAUGCGCACCCACUCUGGCGAAAGACCAUACCGGUGCCGUGCGUGCAAAAAGGCAUUCAGCGAUAGUUCAACACUUACAAAGCAUUUACGAAUACAUAGUGGUGAAAAGCCAUACCAAUGCAAGCUAUGUUUGUUGAGAUUUUCCCAGUCCGGUAACCUUAAUCGACACAUGCGUGUUCAUGGCACGAACGGGCAGGCGUUGGUAACAUGA